AUGUCCUCGCCACCACCUUCAGAUGAGUCUACCAGAACAGAUGACGAGUUAGUCUAUGAUAUAAAGCACCUGAACGAGCCACAGAAUUACUUGCGUAUCCCAGGUGUCAUGUUCGACGAAAUACCAGACCUGAUCCCAUCUGAACACUCCGCGGCCCUCUACUAUCUCCAACCCAAAGAGUUCAACCUCAAUCUCUCAUGGGAUGAUUCUGACCCUGAGCCUGAUCCCUCCUUUUGGGACGAGUUUUUCGAGCGAGUGCUUGCUAACCUCGGAAACGAGGCUGAAAAGUUUGGCAUGACUUCUUUAGACGUCAUGUGGAUUAUGUACUUGUACACUAGAGCUUGGGAGAAUACGCCUCUGUCGCUGAGGACCAAACAGGCGGGGUAUUGGCGCAAUGCAAACCUCCAUUAUUUGCACGAUUUGCUGCCGGAAUGGGUUGGGAUGUUGAAGACUAAGAAGUUGAAGUGGACGACUGUUUUUGGUGAACUGUUUGGAGUUGGGCGAUGAUGGAUGAUAGCUGACGCGGAAGAUACGAUAGAAC